UGAAAACGUCACGCAGAAAAAUGGCGGCGUAAAGCGCGCUCCCGAGCUGGCGACUGCACGCGCGUUCACGGGAAGCUGUGAGCUGCGUAACAUGCACGGGGGGGAAAUCGAGCUAGCUAAUAUUUCUGAUUGACGAUACAUGUUCCGUUUUCAGUCCUUUGAUGAUGACUGCACCCUGGAGGAGGAGGAGGAGGGUCUGGUAGAGGAAGAAGAUGAAAUUGACCAGUUUAAUGAUGACACAUUUGGUGCUGGAGCAAUCGAUGAUGACUGGCAGGAGGAGCAUGCGAGACUGGCGGAGUUGGAUGAGAGAGACGGGCUGCUGGGAGGUGGUGAUGCGUCCCCCGUCGUCCCUCCUCCGCCCGAGAGCAUCCCUCUUCCCUCCUCUCGCCCCCCACCCCCCACUUCCUCCCUCUCUCCGCUCGGCUCCGAGGACAAGGCCGGGGGCGACCUGGCCGAGUCGCUGGCUCACCUCAUCCUCGACUCGGAUCCCGCCAUCGCGGAGGUGGGCGCGGCCGAGCUGGACAGAUCCCGCCUCCCGCCAUCAGCGCCGCCCAAUCAGGCUUUACCUCCAGGUUUGAGUGGCGUGUCUCGCUCACUGCUCAGCUACCAGCAACAGCAGCACCUUCUGCACAGAGGGACAGUGCCGCUGCCGCAGCAGAUGAACUCGCACAGUAUUUGGGAGAACAACAUGGGCUUCGGUCCUGUUAGUGUCACACAUGGACUCGUCACACACAUGGAGGACUCUCCAUUAUUGUCCAUGAUGAAAGAGCUUCCAAAACGGACUCCUCCAAUCAGCAGGGAGGAGGGGCGGGACUUGUCCGAAAGGGUCCCGCCCCCUCGGGCCUCCUCGCCUGUAAUUGGAAGUCCACCUGUAAGAGCGAUACCCAUCGGAACUCCACCCAAACAGCCCAUGAGCCACGCCCUGAAUCAGCAGAUCCACCAUCCCACUGCGGUGCAUGUGAGAGCUCCAGUUCCUCAUCGUUACCCUCCUCCCUUCCCCGAGCGCCUCUCACCCAACACCCUGCUGAACAUCGCCAACUCUCCUCUGUGUCGUCCUCCGUUCCCCGCUGGAGUCGCUCCGGUCCUGUCUCAGAUACAGCGAGCCCAACUGCUCAACUCUCAGGUGGGUCCGUUCCCCCGCGGUCCUGGUCCUGCUCCUCCCAUGCUGCCUGGUGCUGCUGGAGGCUUUAGGCCUUACUUUGGGCAGCCGCCUCCUAGAGUCGGUCCUCACGGCCCUCACGGCCCUCAUCCUAACCACGCCCCUCCAUCUAGCCACGCCCCCAUCCGCCACAACACCACCCACCUCCACCCCCAGCACCGCAGGAUGCUCACGCAGAGGAUGCAGAGCAGAGGUGGUGGAGCGAGAGGAGGAGGAGGGGACAGGAGGAUCAGGGACCCCUACAGUAAUCUGAUGACUCAGAAGGAGAAGGACUGGGUGGCCCGCAUUCAGAUGAUGCAGCUGCAGAGCACUGAUCCUUACCUGGACGACUACUACUACCAGAAUUAUUAUGAAAAGAUGGAGAAGCGUCAGGAGCGGGACCGAGACAGCAGCAGGAAGGAGCAUACCACCAAACUCAUCACUCCUCAGGUGGCCAAGAUCGAGCACACCUAUCGCCCAGUGCAGUUUGCCGGUUCUCUGGGUAAACUCACCGUGUCCAGUGUGAACAAUCCGAGGAAGAUGAUCGAUGCCGUGGUGACGAGUCGCUCUGAUGAUGAGGAGAAGAGAGAGAAGCAGGUGUGGAAUAAGCGACGGCAGAUCCUCUACACUGUGGAGAAGAUGUACAGUCUGCUGCUGGAGGUGCAGGACUUUGAGAAGAAAUUUCUCCAAACCCCAGAGGAGGAGAGAGAAGCUCUGCUGGAGCAGCACAAAACCAACACACUGCAGCUCUACAACUCGCUGCGAGAGAAAGAGUGGGACGACAGAGUGAGUGAUGAGCAGUGUCUGAUGAUCAUGUCGGUGCGUAAAGGGAAACGCCUCAUCGCUAGGCUCCUCCCUUUCCUUUCUUCGUCCCAAGCUGCUGCCGUCGUCAUGGGAAUCGCCCGCAAUCUCCCCGCUCUGGCCAAGAAGGACAAACAGGAUCAGGUGCUGUGCUGGCUGGUGGAGCCGGUUGCGGGUGUGAUCCAGUCGAUGUCGAGCUCCGCCCUCACGGACCUGCUGCAGGAGCUGCAGAGGGGCGACGGUCACUUUCCCCGCGUGCUGCAGAAUAAAUUCGGCGUGACGCUGCUGUACCUGAUCCUGAGCGAGGGAGAGAGAAUGCAGAGCUCCGAUCCUCACUGUCAGCUCAUGGACGAUAAUCGCUGGACGGAGCUGGUGUUCUCGGUGACGAGGGAGCUGUUACAGGUUCCCUCCUCCUCCCUCUCUCCUCCUCUCUUCACCCCCCCCAACCUCCUCUCUCUGUUCUCUCGCUACGUCGACCGGCAGAGGCUCGAGCAACUGCAGGAGAAACUACAGAUCACUGCCUUGUCCAGGUAGAAGUUACUUCACCCAUCGAGUCGCUGUCCACCGUGUGUGUGUGUGUGUGUGUGUGUGUGUGUGUGUGUGUGUGUGUGUGUGUGUGUGUGUGAGAGAGAGUGUGAGAGUGAGUGAGAGAUAAUAAUUAGGGCUCAUAAUUAUUUUAAUCCGUCAUAAAACUGUCAUUUUCUUAUUUUUCCCAACUUUAUUAGUCGUGUGUGUGUGUGUGUGUGUGUGUGUGUGUGAUUGCGUCCGAUGAAGGUUGGAGAUGAAUAAUCUGCGUUUUUAAAUAUGUUGUUAACACGAUGCCUGUGAUAAAACAUGAAAUUAAAAGUAUUUCUAUUGUAUAAAA